UUGGAAAAGGCAGUGGCGACAAUGCCAUAGUCACCAGCAAUCCCAUGACAGUUCAACAGCUGGGACCUCUUUCACCUUCAGCGAAUCAGCUUUCAACAGCAUGCAGCCAGAUCAGCCAUAGCUUACACAGGUCUAUGGAUGCUUCCAGCCUGAGUGCUUCCUCAUCAGAUACAAGGUCACUCUUGUCAUGUGAGACUCUGGCCUCUACAACAUUAAGCUUGUCAGAAGGUCACUCCCCUCUGAGUGUUGAACAAGAGCGGUCACAUAGGUACAGGACACUUUCUUCUGUUCCUCCUGACCAUGGUUUACAAAAUGGCAGUGAGCUGGGGGACUUCAUAAAUUUUUCGCCUGAAGCAUCUACAUCCAGUGACUCAUUACCAUCCUAUUUAUAUGGCAUGGAAAAUAAGAAUUCCCCUUACUCUAGUCCUUGCCAGUCCUCAGUCUGGUGUCAAUCAGCCCGCUCCAAAAAGAGAGCACUCUCUGUAUCUCCUCUGUCUGAUGGCAUUGGGAUCGAGUUCAAUACAAUCAUUCGUACGUCCCCAACUUCUCUGGUGGCCUACAUCAACAGCUCCAGGGCAUCGCCAGCAAACGUCUCCCCACAGCCUGAGGUCUAUGGACAUUUUUUGGGAGUGAGAGGAAGCUGUAUACCACAAAACUGCUCUGUUUCAGCUGCCCAGAAAGGCUUCCACAUGGCGAAUGGCGGUGUCACCUUUCCAGGAUAUGUUGAGAACGGGACAGGUGAGUACCAGCAGAUGCAGCAGCUGGAGCAAGCCAGCUUGCAGAUGGUUGCCACAAAUAACAUGGUGAUCCAGCAGGGUGUGCUGCCCAUGGACAGCCAUUCAAUAGACGUCCGGAAAAACAAGCAGCUGGGUGACUUCUCGGGCCCUGUUGUUGACAUGCCUCUUUCAGCCGUGGUGCUGCCGCCGCCUCCUCCACAGGGGCCGCCCCCGCCGUACCCCGCUCACCAGCGCCGGCCCCCACACGGCCUGCCCGGCCACGUCCCCGCGCUGCCGGCGCUGCCUCCGGGCCCAGGCGCCCCGCUGCAGGAAGAUGGAGAGCUGGAGGAUUUCAAUGGCAAGCAUGGCUGUUGCUGGGUUGACUGUGGGAAGCUGUAUGACCAUCAGGAGGAGCUUGUGCGGCACAUAGAGAAGAUCCACAUAGACCAGAGGAAGGGAGAAGACUUUACCUGCUUCUGGGCAGGGUGCCCUCGAAGGUUCAAGCCAUUUAAUGCCCGUUACAAACUGCUGAUUCACAUGAGAGUCCACUCAGGAGAGAAGCCGAACAAAUGCACAUUUGAGGGUUGCAAGAAAGCCUUUUCCAGACUGGAAAAUCUCAAGAUUCACUUAAGGAGCCAUACGGGUGAGAAGCCGUACCUUUGCCAGCAUCCUGGCUGCCAGAAGGCGUUCAGCAACUCCAGCGACCGUGCCAAGCACCAGAGGACACACUUGGACACUAAACCUUAUGCAUGUGAGAUUCCAGGAUGUACUAAGCGAUACACAGAUCCAAGUUCCCUCAGAAAACAUGUGAAAGCCCAUUCUUCCAAAGAUCAACAAGUCAGGAAAAAGUUGCGAUCAAGCUCAGAGAUUGGCCAGGACAUCCUGAAUGACUGCCUUGCAAUCCAGCCCCUCCGGCCAGUCCUGUCACCACAGGAUGCUGUAGAUAAUACCAUGGGACACUCCCCAGGGUCUGCUUGUGAUAUUUACCCAGCAGCUGUGAUCCCCAGCACACAGAUAAAUCAAAGUGGAGCAGCAGCUGGGGCAGUGUCCUUGUCCCACCCCAGCAGCCACUCUUCCCCAGGACAAAACAUCCAGGACAGUCCUCUGCACCCUCCCCAGGUACCUCUUCUCACAGCUGCUGACUCAGAGAGGUUUGUUGCUCCAGCUCCUUCUCAUCACAUCAGCCCCCAGAGAAUGUCCAUUCAACAUCCCAUGAUGCAGAGACAGACUCCACAACCUCCUCACGUUCCACAACUUGCAGGGAUGCCUCUGAAGACAUACCAACAAGCACAAAGCCCUUCUUUUCAGCCAAAUGCCCUUCACAUCCAGGGCUUUUAUGGGCAGCUUCAGACUUUCUGCCCUCCACAUUAUGGUGACACUCAGAAGAACAUACAAGACAGUGUUUCUUGCAAUAUGGUUCCUCCUGUUGACUGCUCAGCUCUCCCAUCAGCAGGCCAGGGAGGGCUUGGCAUUUUCCAUGGAAGUUUUUCAGAUCAUUCUGGUAUCAAAGUGUAUGACUUUCCAGCAGGGUCUGUAGAUACCUUUGAUGAUUCAGCUUGCAGCAUGCCAGAGGACAGCAGUUUCCUACAAGUGAAUGCAGUGGAUCAUUGUUCCAGCCAGCUUUCUUCUGUAUACACUGAAGGCUAAGUAAUGUGUAUCUAUUUACAAGAACUUGAUUCUGUUUCAUCUUGCCCUUCUGUUAUUUCCCUACAAAUUUUUUCUCUCCAUGAAACUGCCAUGUAUGUAUGGGGAUAUGACUAGAUAUACAUACAUAAUGGAGAGGGAAAAAACAAUUACCAAGCAUUCUUCAUUUAAUCAAGCAGCCAACUGAGAAGGAGAAUGUUUGGAGAAAGCAAGCUUUGCCAAAAUCUUAGCAAUUGUUUAUUUUCUUCUCAUCUGUGGUACAGCAACUAUAUUUUUAAAAUUAUUUCUUCUUUUAUUUUCUCAAAGGGAAUUCAGAGACCAAAUAAGAAAACUGGUUGUUGGCUGUAAUCCUUUCAAGCUGAAUGGGUGCACUUGCAGAAAAACACAGCUUUAGAAAAUUCCUUUUUCAAACAAGGAAAAGAAACAAAACCAGAGCAUACUACAAACAUUUCAAAGGCAUAAAGUUUUGCACAACCUGUCUGCAUGUGAUAGUUCCAAAGUUUAACACACACCAGGAUCCAAAAGGGAGACAAGAAGGCAUACAUAUAGGCACUACCUAUUGGAGGCAUUGGCGUGGCUUCUUUUUGGAUCAAAGGUUGUUGGUAGAGAAUUUCUUACAGGCCUCAUAGUAGGUGUCCUUUCUUUCUCUCUUUAUUUUAAGCCACACAAUACAGCUAUUCGUGUUUUCCCGAUAUUCAUUCUGACUCUUUAAACAUGAAUAAGAUACUUUAAAUAUACAAGAACUUAUGUGGGCUUUGUGGCAAUUUAGCAGAUCUGCCAGAUAAGCAUAAAUGCAUUUUAACUUUCAGUUGCUUUUUAAUUAGAUUGUAGAGCAUUGUUGCUGUCUGUGCUAUAGUCUUCAUCAGGAAGGCUUAAAAUCUUUUGUAGGAAAGAGUCUUCCUUAAAUUCCACAUUUUUUAAAAAAGCUAUCUGUACCAAUUCAACUAAAUUUUAGUUGUCCUAAUCUUUUUCCAUAACACAUUUUCAGAAAGAAGAACUACUCUUAAGUGUACUGCAAUUCCUCUGGUUACUUAGAAAGAUAAAACUGUACUGAUUUGGUGGUUUUGAUUUUUCUGAUCAAUGUCAGGCACAAGGUCCUCAAAUUUAGUCCAGGAUGCAAGCAAAUUGAGUUGUAAAACAUACAAGGUUAUGAGUUAAAACCAGUAUUUUUCACUGGAGAUGCCAUCACUGUGAUCCUGCAUGCCUUGAGAACAGCUCUUAAAUUAGACUGAGUUUUUAGGUUUUAACUCCUGUUCAUACAUUUUGUGGGCUUCUUAAUGUGUAGUGUACAUCAUAAUGUAUACCAAUGCAUGCAGCUUGGGCAACAAACAAGAAGAGCUGGAGGCCAUGGUGCAACUGCAGAGCUGUGAUGUAGCUGCCAUUACAGAAACAUGGUGGGACGACUCACAUAACUGGAGUACUGCACUGGAUGGAUACAAGCUCUUCAGAAGAGAUAGGAAAGGUAGAAGAGGAGGAGGGGUGGCCCUUUAUAUUAAGCAAACUUUUGAUGCCAUCGAAAUUGAAACUAAGGAAGAUGGAGUUGAAUGUCUAUGGGUAAGAAUAAAGGGGAAGGCCAACAAGGCUGACACCAUACUGGGAGUCUGUUAUCGUCCACCCGACCAGGAAGAAGAGGUAGAUCACUUAUUCUAUAAGCAGCUAGGUAAUGUUUCAAGAUCAUCAGCCCUUGUUCUUGUGGGUGACUUCAACCUACCAGACAUCUGCUGGGAACUUAAUACAGCAGUAAAG